CGUCGCCAAACCCACUGACUCCAGGUCAUCUAUACGUCUUUGCUAGGUAAAGCCCCACCUUAUCUCAGCUCAGUGGUCACCAUAGAAACACCCACCCUUAGUACGCGCUCCAGCAGGUAUAUUUCACUGGUCAUCCCCAAAGCCAACACUUCCUUUGGCCGCAUUUCCUUCCAGUUCUCUGCUGCCAAUGACUGGAACGAAUUGCAAAAAUCACUGAAGCUGGAGUCUCAUAUCUCCCUCUAUAACUUUAAGCAUCAGCUGUCUGAGCAGCUUACCGAUCACUGUACCUGUACAAAGCCAAUCUGUAAAUAGCACCCCAUCUACCUCAUUAGCACUCCAUCUACCUCAUCCCCAUAUUAUUUCUCACCUUCUUGCUCUUUUGCUCCCAAGUAUCUCUACUUGCACAUCAUCAUCUGCACAUCUAUCACUCCAGUGUUAAUGCUAAAUUGUAAUUAUUUCUCCUCUAUGGCCUAUUUAUUGCCUUACACCCCUACUCUUCUACAUUUGCACACACUGUACAUAGAUUUCUAUAGUGUUAUUGACUGUACGUUUGUUUAUGUGUAACUCUGUGUUGUUGUUUUGGUCGCACUGCUUUGCUUUAUCUUGGACAGGUCGCAGUUGUAAAUGAGAACUUGUUCUCAACUGGCCUACCUGGUUAAAUAAAAUAAAGGUGAAAUAAAAUAAAAUAAAAAUGAGGAGCUGAUCAGAUGUGCCCUUAGAGUGGACAGUAGUGACCUGAGGGUGAGUCUUACCAUCUGGGGGGAAAAACACGACCCGCUCAGCCUGGGCCAGGUAUAAAAAAUACACCCCUCCAAACUCUCCCUGGACCACAUAACCAGAGCAGUGUGCCGGGCGUUCUGGACAAUAUCACCUCCAUGAUGCACCCUAUCUUCCUUCUGGAUGUCGGAUUGCAAAGGAUCAUGGGCAGUGGGAGUGCCUUUUCCCAUAACGCGGUGCUCAGACAUGAAGCAGAGGGUGUGUUAUUUACCUGUGGAAUAUGGGCAGGAUGUAGACUCAGCUGUGGGCGUGGUUAUGGUCUUUCAUGGCAGACUAUGAGUUACAAAUUCACACACAGAGGGGCAUUCCUAUUUGUUUAUGUCACGGAUCCCUCUGGAACAUUCAUUGCACUCACCUGGCCCCUAUUCCCACUGAUUGUAUUUGUAUAUAUGUGCCCUUUGUUCACCAUGGUGCUGUCGAUUAUUGUUACAAUGUCCGUUGGUUCGUGUGAGUACCUGUGCUGUGUGUUUUGGCUUUUCUUUUCUGCCAUUAUGGAUUGCGCAGAUGAUUACGUGUCUCGUCCCGUGUGUUAAUCAUCGUGCGCUUGUAUUAUUUAUUCAAGGUACUCCUCGCUCUUUUGUUUGGGUUUCUACCCUGUGUUUUGUUACGUGUUUGUUUGGUCUUCGUCCCCGUGCCUUGGCACAGCACGCCGUAAUUUAGGUAAAUAAAAAAUAAAAACCGCUGUUACGCAUUCCUGCGCCUGUCUCCCGAAUCAUUCAUGCCAACAUGACAGUUUACUUGAAUAUUUGAAUCGUUUUUUUUUUAUUGGCUAACAGUGACUAUUACAAUCAACAUCAUGCUUAUUUUACUAUUCAGUGAUAUCCUCAGAAAUGUUUAUGAACUAAUACUAUUUGAAAUCCAUUGUGCAAUCUCCAAUCAAAAUGAUGUCUCACAUUUAUAGUACAAACUAAAAGUUAAAUUAGGCCUACAGUAAGGGGUAAGUGGUAAUGUAGGACAUGGUUAAUUACAGUAAAAUAAUGUACUGUAUUUGAAAUUUUGCAUUGGUGAACUUGAACUUUUAGCUAAAACAUUGUUCUGCUACUGCUAGCUUACACAUCAGUGUUAUUAACAAGAUUUUAGUAUCGUUGAUCAUUACAACUAUCAUUUAUAAUGAUUACAAUUAUUUAAUGCUGUUUUUACUAAAUGAUAAAAUUGUUAUGUUAUCAUGGCGCAUGUAAAAGAAGUCAAAGUUUGUUGAUCCUUCUAACUACAGCAUAUAAUAAGUCUAAUCUCACAAGACAAGUUUUUUUCUAACCACAAUCUUAGUCACAGGAACAGACUCACCAACAACCCAGCUCACCAGGCAGCAGAUCUAAGAGAAGGCACACACUCCGGAAGCUCUGCAAAGUUGUUCUGAAAGAAAGAAGAAGAAACGCUUACUGAAUAGAAUGUUGUGUUAAAGGAGAAGGAAAUCCCUUGUGAGACGAGACACAUUCAAAACAAUAAACCACCAGUCUGAGGAGUCAUUAUGAGCAAGUCAAAGGGCCCAGAGUACCCUUCCUUCUCUCUGGAGACGGAUGACAGGACAGAUGAUGAGAGGGCACAGAGCAGACAGGUGAAGAAGCCUGACCGGCUGGUGUCUGCCCUAGGCUUAGGCAGUUCGGGGGGGCCCAAAGCCCCCAUGGACUCAGACUACCAGGAUGAGCUGGAGGAGGCCGCUCCCAAGAUUAGAUUCAAUCUCAAUUUUGACAAAGAAGUACGAUGUUUGGAGGAGAACAAAGAGGACAGGGACAGCAAGAGGUUUGACAUCAAGAGGCUGUUUGAGGCCGUGUCCACUGGUGAUGUCAUGAAGCUGGAGGGGCUGCAUCAGUACUUGCAUCAGUCCAUGAAAAAGCUCUCCAACACUGAGUAUCAAUCGUAUGGUAAAAACGUCCUGCUGAAGGCUCUACUGAAUCUGAGAAAUGGCAGAAAUAACACAAUUGAAUAUCUCCUUGACAUCUCAGAGAAGAUGGGGGACAUCAAAGAAUUAGUAAAUGCUGCAUACACAGACAGCUAUUACAAAGGUCAAACAGCCCUUCAUAUUGCCAUUGAGAGAAGGAGCACCUAUUUUGUUGAGCUAUUGAUCAAGAAAGGAGCAAACGUCCAUGCCAAAGCCUGUGGGAAAUUCUUCCAGCUCAAUGAUGGACCCAGCUUCUACUUUGGUGAGCUACCUCUGUCCCUGGCUGCGUGCACCAACCAGCCUGAGGUGGUGGACUUUCUGCUGGAGAAUGACUACCAGAGAGUGGAUGUGAGGGAGAGUGAUUCUCUGGGUAACAUGGUGUUGCAUGCCCUGGUGGUGUUGGCUGAUAACACACCAGAGAACACUGACUUCAUCACCUCUAUGUACGACCACAUCCUGACAACAGCUGCCCGCCUCCACCCCAAAUGGAGGCUGGAGGACAUCGAGAACAACCAGGGCCUGACGACUAUAAAACUGGCUGCCAAGACUGGCAAGAUCGGGCUGUUUAAGCACAUGAUGCAUCGUGAGUUCCAGGAGAGGGAGACCAGAAACCUGUCCCGUAAAUUCACUGAGUGGGUUUACGGACCCGUCCACUCCUCCCUGUAUGACCUGGACUCACUGGACUCCUACGAGAAGAACUCUGUCCUGGAGAUCAUCGUUUACAGCAGUGACAUUCCUAAUCGCCAUGAGAUGCUGCAGAUUGAGCCUCUGAACAGGCUACUGGAGGAGAAGUGGGCCAAGUUUGCUGCUCGGAUGUUUUUCUUAAACUUCAUGGUUUACCUGGUUUACCUCUCCGUCUUCACCGCUGUCGCCUACUACAGGAAGAAGGGAACGCCACCUUUUACUCUGGAACAUACCAGACAGGAGUACCUGCGACUCGCCGGUCAGCUUUUUAUAACUGUGGGAGCCUGCUAUUUCUUCAUAAGAGGGAUAUUAGACUUGAAGAGGAAACGUCCAAGCCUGGACACUUUGCUGAUUGACGGAUACAGUGAAAUCCUUUUUUUUCUGCAGGCGAUCUUCUUCCUGGCCUCCUCAGUGCUGUACUGCUGUGGUAGGGAGGAGUACCUGGGUUUUUUUGUGCUGUGUCUGGCUCUCAGCUGGGUCAACCUGCUCUACUUCUCCAGGGGAUACAGACACAUGGGCAUCUACAGUGUCAUGAUACAGAAGAUGAUCCUAUGUGAUAUCUUGCGCUUUCUCUUUGUCUACGUUACCUUCCUCUUUGGGUUUUCAGCAGCGGUGGUCACUUUGUUGAUGGAACCUGAUUUGCCAGCCAAUAAUACAGCACAGCCAAUAGACAGUACAGAUGGAAGAGGUCGUACCUUUUUCCUUCCCACUGAGGAUUCGUGUAUAAAACCCACCUUCAGGAACAUCUCUCACACUAUCAUGGAGCUGUUCAAGUUCACCAUCGGCAUGGGAGACCUGGAGUUCACAGAGGGGUACCAGUACAAGGAAGUGUUUUACAUGCUGCUAAUCUCCUACAUCGUGCUCACCUACAUCCUGCUGCUCAACAUGCUCAUCGCCCUCAUGAGCCGCACUGUGGAGAAGAUGUCCCUGGAGAGCACCAGCAUCUGGAAACUACAGCGGGCCCUCACCAUCCUGGAUCUGGAAAGGAGCCUGCCUCGCUGCUUGAGAAGGAGGCUUCGUUCUGGGGUGGACAAGGACCUGGGGACCAGGGCUGGAGAGAAAGACCGCCGAUGGUGCUUCAGAGUGGAGGAAGUCAACUGGAACAAAUGGAACACCAACCUGGGAAUAAUCAAUGAGGAUCCAGGGAGCGGAGAUACGUCCAAGCUGUCCCCUACACACAGCAGCAGAACGCUAGGCAGAGAGAGGAGCUGGCGGGGGUUCCUGGGAAAUGUCAGUCGAAGACAACAUACACAGCCUCAGCAACAAACACAAGUAGAGAGCACAGAGAUGUCCUCUCUGUCUCCUCUCAACCAUGUCUGAAGUCUGCUCUCGCAUCCUCCUGACCUAGAUGGUUCUCUUUCUUGCAAUGAUUGUGAUGUUUGGUUGUUUUACCUAUGCACAGAUUUCAUGAAAUUGCUAAAAUGUAUAUGUACUCUGGUUUAGUCCUAUCGUGUGGUUAAUAGGAGGGUAGUGGAGGGUUCUAGCCUCUAGAGGGCAGGUUUAAACAGCCAAAGAAACACAUUCACUCCACUGUUAUUGUGAUUUACAACAUUGAUUUAUUUAUACUUCAAGCUGAUUGUUAUUCUGUUAAAUCUAUGUGCCCUAAAAUGACUGCAAUCUGUGUUGAGCAAAUCGUAGAGAUGAGAUCUUAAUAAAGGAAAUCAUUGCA